UCCAUGGAUUCCAUGUGGUAAAAUUUGAACAUAAUCAAUAUUCAAUAUUUAAAUAACAUAAAAUGGGAAAAGUAAAAAGCAGUGACACUUUAUCGUUAAAAAAAUCUGACCAGAAGAAAGUUGUUAAACAAACGAGACAGCUGAAGAAAAAAAUUCAGGAUGGCAAAGUUCUUCUUAAGAAGCCUAGGAGAUCUAUUAAAGACAACGUUGAACAGACUCGAGGACUGAUAUACAUUGGUCACAUACCACACGGUUUUUAUGAAAACGAAAUGAAAAAAUAUUUCAAACAAUUCGGAGGUGUGACAAAUGUAAAAGUUUGUCGGUCUAACAAAAGUGGUAACAGUAAAGGAUUUGGUUAUGUGGAAUUUGCGCAUCCAGAAGUAGCAAAAAUAGCAGCUGAAACCAUGAACAAUUAUUUAAUGUUCAAAAAAAGAAUAGUUGCUGAAUAUGUUCCAUCUGAAAAGAGACCAAAAUGUUUGUUCAAAGGUAGAAGUAGUACUAUUAAGAGGUAUUCUUCUAAAGUAAAAACAGAAAAGCAAAGAAUAGCUACUGAAAAAGUUGACGAAAGAGGACAUUUGAAAAGAAGCAGUGUAAGAAUGUCUCGACUUAACAAGAAAUUACAGAGAUUAAAGAACGCUGGGAUUGAUUACAAUUUUAUACCGGUUGAUGUACCAGAAAAUAUUAAGAAAGAGAAAGUAUCUACAUCUACCAAAGAAGUUGAAUAUACGUUUGAACAAGAUCCUUACGAUUCAGAUAUAGAAGUGAAGGUUCCUGUUAAAUCAAGUGUAAAAACUCCAAAAAAACAGGCUUCUAAAACAACUCCUAAAAAGCAGUCUCCUAAAACAAGUUCUAAAAAGACUUCUAAAAAUUCGGUUUCUAAACAGUCCCCUAAGAAGACCCUGAAGCAGAAAUUGGUGACAAGGAAGAGUACAUAAAAGUGACUUACUUUGUAAUAUUUAAUAUGAAAUUAUACCUAAGUUUAAACCAA